CGAACACAUAUCUGUAUUAUACAGGUUAUAUGUGUUAUCAAACUCACAGCAAAUCUUUCAGUGGAGCGAGACCUCGAUGUUCGUAUGUCGGCUGUAUGUGUACACAUCGCGUCACAUCGUGGUUCACUUAUCGAAUACAGUUUGACCUGGCGUACGUGUACAGUAAGAGUGACUAAACAGGUUGAACAUGUCCUAUCUACUCGUGUGUGUAGCACUGUUGGUCGUGUUCCUGGCCGCGAGAUGGAUUAUACGGAGCCUUAGACUGGGAAACUUAUCGGAUCGGUACGUAUUUAUUACCGGAUGUGACACGGGAUUCGGAAACAUGCUGGCCAAGAGGCUGGAUUCUCUGGGUAUGAAUGUAUUCGCUGGUUGUCUUACCUCUAAAGGACUUAGUGACUUAAACAAGGCGACAUCUGAUCGUCUGGUUACUAUGGAACUUGACGUAACCAAGGAAGACAGCAUUCUCAGAGCAUGCGCUGAAGUAAGAAAGAUACUUCCGAAAGGCAAAGGGCUUUGGGGCGUUGUAAACAAUGCCGGUAUCGCCGGAAAUGGGUCACAGGUGGAAUGGCAGACGGUUGAUAACUACCGGAAAUGCAAUGACGUCAACUUGUACGGAAUGAUAAACGUGACGAAUGUGUUUCUGCCAUUGGUGAGAAAGGCUAAAGGUCGUAUUGUCAACAUCACAAGCAUCAUGGGAAGAGUUGCCCUAGUACAUGCCCCCUAUGUCGUCUCAAAGUUCGGUGCAGAAGGUUUUUGUGAUUGUCUAAGAUACCAGUUAUAUAAGUGUGGGGUAAGCGUUCACAUCAUUGAGCCGGGUUUCUUCAACACCGGUAUCGUCGACCUAGAAAGCUUCGGAAGGAGCAUGAGAUCAUCGUUCCAAGCGAUGGACGACGAACGAAAGGAAUUUUAUGGUGAACAUUACGUCGACGAAGUGAUGAAAGGUGCCAAGGAGGGUAUUAGUGCUGCUUUAUCGUCUGAUACGUACAAGGUGGUGGACGCCUACAUGCAUGCGUUGACCGCCGUGUAUCCCCGAGCUAGAUACGUUGUAGGUUUCGACGCUAACGUUGUGUUCCGUCUGAUAUGGACUCUGCCGGAGUGGAUAGGCGACCGCCUAGUGGCGGCAUUGUUUAAGUUCCCCAUACCGGCCGGAUGUCAUAAGUGAUGUCAGAAGAGGAAGUGACGUCAGAAGUGAUGUCAGAAGUGAUGUCAGAAGAGGAAGUGAUGUCAGAACAGGAAGUGAUGUCAGAAGAAGAAGUAACGAGAUCGUUAAUGCUUCAUCUGUUUGGAAACGAAAACCACAACGCAAUAUGUUGAAGUUGUGACUUCUGUUCCGUAACACGUACAUUUUGAGUUGUCUCUUAUUGUUAAUCGCCGACAUAGCACAUCUAUCAAAAUAAAUAUAUAAUCAUUUGAUUGAUAAAUAUUAAUCAUUCUGAUCCUUUGCAAGAUUCGCUCAUAAACAAUUAAACACUACAAAAACAUUCAACAAAUUUUGCUUUAUUAAAUAUAUAGAAAAUCGAAUAGCUUUUUGUAAUUUAGAUUUUUUUUCCGGUUGUGCGAACAAUACAUUCGAUAUAUUUAACAGACUCUUAUUUGUUUGUAUUUAUUUUU